GAAAACAAACCCGAAGGAAAAAAUCAAAGAAGAAAGAAAAUGCAGCAAAUAGAACAACAACAAGAGAGUAACGUGGACUCGUUUCUGUGUCCAAGUUUCAGCACUUACUCCACCAACAAGCUAAACGACAUCGCCGAACGUGUUACAAGAGAUCAAAACGACAACGAAGAAAACGACUUUGAAUUCGUCGCGUUUCGUAAGGGGGAUGGGGUUUACAUUGACGGCCAAUCGGCUCGUGUUUUCCCGAUCUUCAACCGUGAAAACUUGACAACGGAGGCGGAGCGCCACCGCGCCGGAGAAAAAUCUUCCGGCGCGGAGGAGAAUACGGCGGCGAUUCGAGUCGCGUUUGGGAGUUUGCUGGUUGGGAACGAGGAGGAAGGAUCGGAUCGGUCAACGUCGUCAUCGUCGGAGGAGGAGGUGGAAGUGGAGGUGGAGGUGGAGGGUGAGAUGGAGGCGGUUGCGGCGGGAUCGUUCUGCUUGUGGACUCCGAAAUCGGUGCAGGCGUCGGCGUCGCCUAGUAGAUGCAAGAAGAGCAAUUCGACGGGAUCGUCGACGUCGACGCCGUCGAAGAGAUGGAAGCUUCUGAGUUUUCUCCGGCGGAGUAACAGCGAAGGAGUGCGGCUGUCGUCGUCCUCAUCGUCGUCGUUAGCGUCGAAUUCGGUGAAGAAGGGAGCGAAAUUGUCGGAGGGAAGCACUGCUAGAGUCGCCGGAAAAAUGGUUCCGGUGGCGAGGAACGGCGGAGGGAAGAAGGCUCCGGCGGCGGCGCUGGAGGGAUUGUAUGUGAGGAAAGGAGAGAUUAUAAGGAGAAAGUCGUAUUUGUCGUAUCGGCAGGAGCUGGGUUUCGGUGUGGGACUCAAUGCUAUUGGAAGAGGAUUUCCUCUUCAGUAGUUUUGUUUUGACCCUCAAUUCUCAUAGUUCUCACACUAGGUCUAUUUUUCUUACCAAAUUCAGUUGCAAAGUUGAAAAUUUGAGAAUCAAAUUGGAUAGUUUUGUUUUUUUACUUUUUAAUUGGUUGUUUUCUUAAUAGGUAUGUGACUUUGGAAUCAUGAUCUAUGUAAAGGCUUAAAGGGUGAUGAUAUAUUGAUAUGAGAAUUAUAUGAUGUAAUAUAGACUAGAAAAAUGAGUCAUUUUCAAUCAAAAAAUGAAAAAUGAAUCAUUGACCAACAGUUUUUCUUAAAGGGAAAAUGCUUUGAGUGA